GACGAAACAGCGCCCCCUUCGCUAGAUCGGCAAAAUGACAUGUCUGCCUUUGUCAGUCAGUCAGACGAUCGCUUGGCUUUGCUUUGACCGUGUGCAGUUAGCCAGCCAGCCGCCUGAAUGUAGAUCCGCAUGGGCUGCGAUCACGCCAUCAGUCCUAAUAACCCAGCGGAGUCGUAAGAUAAGGAUCCCAGGAUGGUGUUAGUGCAUGUCGGAUACCUGGUUCUCCCCGUAUUCGGCUCAGUAAGAAACAGAGGAUCCCAAUUCACCCGGCAACAACAGCAGCAGCACAGCCAUGCUACCUCUUGCCGUCACUUCCAGCUAGGCCCCCAGGCCACGCUGCCCAUGGACUUCCCCAUGCCCCACCCGGGCCAGCCGCAGUCGGGCAUCAACCCCCACCUGGCCCCGCCCGGCCACCAGCACGGACCCCCGCUACACCACCCGCCCCUCAACCCCAUGCCCGCUCCCCAGUUCCAGGACAUCCCCGCCCCUCCCUUCCUACCUCAGGCAUUACACCAGCAAUACCUCCUCCAGCAGCAGAUCCUUGAGGCUCAGCACCGACACAUCCUGCCACCCAACAGUAGACGCACCCCAGAAAGAGUUCCUCACCAGCCCCACAGACUGCGUCCAGGCUACGAGUUCGCACCACCUCUGCACGUCCCCCCUCAGCCGGUGGUGCAGCAGCCACGCUACCUGGCUGAGGGCACUGAUUGGGAUCUAAGUGUGGACGCAGGACUCCCCCCACACCAGUACCACAUCCACCCACUGCCGCAGCACUAUCAGCACUACCUGACUUCUCCCAGGAUGCACCACUUCCCCAGGAACAACACCUCAACACAAGUGGUUGUACACGAGAUCCGGAACUAUCCGUACCCUCAGCUGCACCUGCUGGCGCUGCAGAGCCUCAACCCGUCCCGUCAUGCAUCAGCUGUAAGGGAGAGCUAUGAGGAGCUUUUGCAGCUGGAGGACCGACUGGGCAGCGUAAACCGUGGAGCGGUCCAAACCACCAUCGAGAGAUUCACUUUCCCCCACAAGUACAAGAAGAGGAUCCCUCAGGACCUGAAGAUGUGUCUGGAUGACGAGGAGCUAGACACGGAUGAGAAGUGCACCAUUUGUCUGUCCAUGUUGGAGGAUGGAGAAGAUGUCAGGAGAUUACCCUGCAUGCACCUCUUCCACCAGGCGUGUGUGGACCAAUGGUUGGCCACCAGUAGGAAGUGCCCCAUAUGCAGAGUGGACAUUGAAACCCAGCUCAACCCUGACAGUUGACACCUACAGCCUCACAUCCCACAAUCCUCCACCAUCUCCUCCUUGUGACAAGGAAGGGGCAUGGUAGGAUCAGCAAAGCACACACAUACACACACACACACACACACACACACCCACACACACACACAUACACAGGCAAGAAUGGGGAUCACUCAUUUUAAGACUGGCUGACUAAGUGGAUGUAUAAGAAAGGCAAACGUAGACAUAAUGCUGCACAUGUGUACAGAACAUGACACAAAACCGUUAGCAUGAGGUUGUUUGGUGUGUGUCCUGAUCCAGUAUUUACCAGAGUAACAGUGUUGUGUAGCAACGGAGAGACCAUGUUUGUGGGCGGCUAUAGCGCUGGUCUCCACCUUUCAAAGCUGACUUGUGUAAAAAGGCCAAAAAUAAUGAAUAGAAAACAACCCCCCCCCCUCUCUGCUCUCUCUCUCUGUUCUCUCUCUCUCUCUCUCUCUGUGUUGUGGUUCUCCGUUUGGAUUUAAAUCGCCAUCGAUGCUAAUGCGGCUAACUGCAAGCAUGGCUUCCAGUGAUGUGUGUUGUGUCGUAGUGGGAUGGGAGGGGUUGCCCUCGCUAGAUUACACCAACGAGUGUAGAUGUGUGUGUGUGUGUGUGUGUGCCAGGCUUUUUGGACUGUCGUCGUCAACGUGGAGCAAGUAGAAGCAGGGACCCGCGUCGUGUGCAUGUCACCCACUCACCCACAGGAGGGGAGUGGCGGGUGGUCUAUCCAACCUACCCCUCCUCCUUUACACGCACUCACACCAAAGUUGCCCUUAGACACUGACCUGAGCCUUGUCUAACAGCAACGCCGCCAUCUUGCCUCACUCGCCACAGGCAUGAGUGACAUUUCUCAGAACCUUAUUGCCUAACAAACAAGCACAUUUAUGAUCAUUAUUAUUAUUUUUCAGUGAUUCUCCUUUCCCGUGUCAGUGCAGGGAAAACAACCCUCCUCCCCACAAACGCGUUCGCCUGCUUGUGUUUGAAUGUGUGCCCCCAUUAGCCCCGCCCCCCUCCUGUCCUUCCUUGUGUGUGUGAUGUCGUGAAGGAGGGUGAAAGGGAUAAGAAGCCAUUCAUUUAACAACCAAACAACUGUUUGUAAUGUUGUCUUUUCAUAUGUUUGUAUGCCAUUAUUAUUACUUUUUUAAAUUCACAUGCCAAUUAUUUGGGACACGGUACUAAUGACACACGCAGUCACAGUGAAGAUAAAGAGCUGCAAUGCUGCAAAAAAAGCAUAUUUAUAUAUUUGUCAUGUAGCUUGUGUUCAUGUAAAUGCACUAUAUUAUGGAGUUGCCUGUUUUAUUUUUAAUUUGAUUUUUGGUGGCGUGUGUGUGUGUGGCUUCUUCUUGUCUUAGAGUUUUGCUGUUUUGGUUCCAUUCCAAGUAUUUUCAUGCUUUCUUGUGUGUGUUAUUUACCAAGGAAUGUCAAGGCCACAUUGAAAAGGUGAACAAAUCUCCUUAGAAAAAGUAGUAACCAUCCAAAAAUACAGCGGUAAUGGGGGAAAGGGGAGGGGGUUUCUGCAAGAAUAAAGUUAUAAUAUUAUACACUUAUGAGACGAAAGCUUUAAAUAUGUAAUAAAAUUAGAUUACCAUCUUUUUGUUUUAUUUUAUGAGACAAAAAGACCCAUUUAGGGACAAUUAAGUCAUAAUGUUGGGUAAUAAAAUCCUAAUAUUACCAGAAUAAAGUUGUAAUACAAGAUGUAAACCUAUACUAGAUAUAUUAUGAGAGAAAGAAUUGACUUAAUUGACUACUACUCCCAAAAUUAUGAUUUGAGCCUCACAAAAUUCUGUAAACAUUAUAAAAUGACAGCUUCAUUGUUGUAAUAUUUUUUCCAUCCCAAAACAUGACUUCAUUUUUGUCUCUCAAACAUAUUUUCCUUGUGAUAUUCCUUGCAAAAUUCCGACUACAAUCUAGAAACAUUUCAACACUAUUCUCAUGAAAUCACACCUUUAUCGGUGUUACAUUACAACUUUAUUCUGCCAAAAUGACAACUUUAUUGUUGUAACAUUUCAACGUAAUUAUCGUAUUGUAUUUUUGGGGUCUUUUCAGUGUGUGCCAAACAUUCCUUGGCCCUUACUGGAUGGUAACUUGACUGUGUUGCAUUGUUCUUUUCCCUCUCAUGUGAGACCUCCAUCCAAAAACAAAACUAAAAAAUGUGCUGAAAUAAUGGAGGUUCUGCUAGUUCACAUAGAAUGCUGUGAUUUUAAAGAUGCCUUAAGUAUUUAACAAUCAUUAUUUAUUACUAACUGUAGCUAGCUAGCUAUUGUGGUGGAAUAUUUAAUGUCUCUAUCUCAUAACUUUGCAAUUUAAUCGAUAUAUUUAUUUAAAAUAAGACAAAAUAUUACAAAAAAAAUACCUCAUUAUGCAUUGGUCGGUGGGGAUGCAUCUGCAUGCCGUUUGUGUGUGCGUGUGUGCGUGUUUUCUUCUGCAAAGAGGAAAUUAGUUGACUGGUUGUGCGUGUCUCCCAGUCCAAUUUGAAGCCAGCAUGGUGCUGUUGAUGGAGAUGACAUUCCCUUUAGCUUCACUUGCUUUGAUCGGAGCCUGUCUUUGUCUUAGUAACUGCUCCACAAUUAGCUCGCUUGUUUGUUUGGGUUUUUUUUGCCAUACGAUGCUGCUUUCACCUCCCAUAAUCAAUCAUUUCCAUCCUAUCUUGGAUCUCUGCUUAUUCUUCCUUUUAGAGGCCACAUUGUAGUUGAGCUGUGUUGCCGAUGUAUUGCUGGCUAUUUGCUUUGUGAACGUAGGGGGAUGUAUCUUACUUAACAUUGCUAACUUGAGCCAUUGAUCUUAUUGAGCAAACUGUGGUGAUACCAAUAUAAAUGGAGUUGUGGAUAUAAUAAGCUAACUUUUGCGUGUGCUUUUCCUUUCGAUACUAAUCCUGCAAAUAAUUAUUUUAAAACGAGGGACAAUUGGAAUUGACUGAAGCUGGCUUUACUAUUUAUUAUUAUUAUGAUUGUUGUUUUUUUUUUUGUUUUGUUUUUUUAAUUGUUUUUGUGCUCUCACUGGCCUUAUACCCACCCUGCGCCCGCCACAGUGUACCCCGUUUGCUCCAGAGCCAACUGGACCGUAGCCAUAGUAUUAACUCAAGCUGAUGAACCGGAAUGAACAGUAGAAACUUUUAAAGCACAAGCUUUUUAAAUGCAUGUCCUUCUCAGGUUUUCCUAUGUGUAUGUGGGAGUAGCUCUGUUAGAUGUGUUUAAUAUGAUGCUGUACCUUCUUGAAUAUUUCUUUCUUUGCUGCUGAGAAUACAAAAAAAACAAGAAAAACAAUGUUAUUAACCUGCCAGUGAAAAAGGGAAGUGGCCAUCUUUGUACAACAACACUGCUGUUUUGCUGUAACCGCGCAAUGUUUUAUGAUCUUGAGUAUUUUAUAGAAAAGUAGAAGUAUGUAUCAAUAAUAUGAAAGCAAUAGCGAAAUCAUAAUGAAGAAUAACAUGAUCAGUGAAUAUUGUGGAGAAAAAAACCUUUAGAUUCACUCUGGGUGGAUUUUGUACUGUAUUUAUUACUAAUGACAAUGCAAAAAGUUGCAUAGCUUAACCCAAACUGUUCUGUCUCUUUUUUAUUUAUUGUCUUGUAUAUGAUCUUUUUGUAUGUGUUUUUCAAAUAAAAUGCCUAAAAUGCUGAUGACAAUGCAGUUUGUGCAGCU